AUGCCGGAAACCGACGAUCUCGAGAACGACCUGACCCAGACGUCAACACAAUACUCCUUGUCCCGUGCUCUCCAUGCGCGCAAAGACGAGUUCGUACGGCCGCAUCGCAUACGCAUCAAAGUUGGCUCCUGGAACGUCGCUGCUUGUCCCGGAACAGACAAAGAUCUCGCUAGCUGGUUCGUGGACGGAGAGGGUGUCGAGCCCCGGUUCGAUACACAUCUGGCCGACCAGAGCCUCAAGGCUACGUCUCAGGCGGAAAGCCACACCGACGAGCCAAAGAUAAGAGUGGUUGGUGGUUCAGAUAUCGGACUAUACGUAUUAGGGCUACAAGAGAUCAUCCCGCUCAACGGCAUCGCUGGGUACACAGAUACCACAGCGACAGAAAAAUGGAAGGCGGCACUGGAAGCGGCAAUGCCGCCAUACUACAAACUUAUAGCUGCGCAACAGCUGUCGGGCCUCCUGUUGUUGAUCUAUGCCUCGCCUGACGUCGCAGAUACUGUCUCCAAUGUCUCGACCGUGUCCGUAGGCACGGGGCUUUUUGGGUACAUGGGUAACAAGGGGGGCGUGUCAACACGAAUCGUCCUCGGUGAGACGACAAGAGUUGUAUUCACAGACUGUCAUCUGGCUUCCGGGCACGACCAAACGAACCUGGAGCGCCGGUGGUGGGAUUACAACAAGAUAUUAUCGCAGACUCAGUUCAGCCCCAUCUCCCACAGCGGUGUCUCAGAAGACGAGGCCGAAAAGAUCGGAGAUGAAGACUUUGCUUUCUGGUUCGGUGACCUGAACUUUCGUCUAGAUGGUCUGCCAGGGGACGACAUACGGCGACUGCUUAUGCUGCAUACCCGGGGCGAAUACGACCUAGCCAACAAGACACAGAAGUCCCUGUCGGACAAUGAUGGUGUCAUUAUCAUGCAAAACAAAGACCCCAAAGACGGAGAUGGUACCGAUACGCCAGGUAUGCUAUCACGCGAGGCAAGCUUUAAUCAAGAUGACAGCGACGACGAGAACGCGGAACUUCCGGAUCCCAACGAUUUUGUACCGGAUCCUCAUGAUGACCCUGCAUCUCUACAGGCUACACUGGAUUCCCUGCUGCCUCACGAUCAGCUGGCCACAACUAUCAAAGAUAGAAAGGCAUUCCAUGAGGGCUGGUCGGAAGGUCCGAUCACCUUCCUUCCUAGUUACAAGUACGACAUUGGCACCGUAGGGUUGUUUGACUCGUCGGAAAAACGCCGCGCCCCGAGUUGGUGUGAUCGCAUAUUGUAUAGAACAAAGACCGAUUUGGAUAAGUACAAGACGAAGAUCAAGGAAGAAGAGGAGUCCAAGAAGAAAGAUGAGGACAUGAAAAAGCGGGGAAUCGACGCCGCAGCUGAUGACGAAAGCGUAUUGUUCGACUAUGAUCCGGAUAAAGACACUUCAUCCCAUUCAGUAAACGAUAGCGCAUAUGAUUAUGACGAAUACGAUGAAGAUGAAGUGGCUGAGGGCGAGGGCCAAACCGUUGUUACGAAAGAAGGAUACGAGGAUCAUAUCCGUCUUGAUUUAUAUACUACUCACCAGGGCAUUACGAGCAGUGACCACAAGCCAAUUGUCGCGCUGUUCACACUGGACUAUGAUGCGGUCGUGCCCGAGUUGAAGGCAAAGGUUCAUGCCGAAGUCGCACGAGAACUAGAUCGUGCCGAGAACGAAGGACGGCCUGGAAUCACGAUUGUGGUCGAUACCAAAGAAGGAGGACACCACGAAGACCAGGAAGACGAUGGAAGUGGUGGAGUGGACUUUGGCGAUGUGGAGUUCAUGAAGCCUAUAACACGAACCUUGACCGUUGCUAAUACUGGUGGAGUGCAUGCCAAGAUCGGCUUUGUGGCAAAGCCAGGCAUUGAUGAAGACGAAGCUCGCCAAGCAAAGAAUUCCUCGAAUCCCGAGUGGCUAAGCGUAUCCUUGCGUCACUUUUCUGACUCUACGUCCCAGGGACCCGAGAUAGAACCCAAGACCGAAACCAACGAAAUCACGCUUGAACCAGGCGAGACAGCAUCAGCAGCUCUGACCAUCUCAGUAACCUCUCUGUCCCACCUCCAGUCUUUAAAUUCCGGUACCACGUCGCUGGAAGACGUUUUGGUAUUACGAGUCACAGAUGGCCGAGAUCACUUUAUACCAGUGCGUGCCAACGCGGCACCUUCUUGCUUUGGUCGAAGCAUCGAGGAAUUAAUUCGGGUUACACCGCGAGAGGGGGGCCUUAGGGGGUUCGUCUACAAGCUCAGAAAAGACAAGGACGAUGUCAAAGAAUGGAAGGGUGGAAGUAUACCAUAUAACCUGAAUCCGCAUUCAUCAUCGCCGCCAGAGCUCUACAAGUUGACUGCCGCGCUCGAGGCCUUGGCAGAACGCGUCACGGCAGACGAAAGCAUGGUACAAGAAGAUGAGGCCAAGGUACCACGUGACAAGGCAGGAUGGCCUUUUAUUGACGAUUCGACGAAUGUCGAGAGUGGUCACAUCUCAGCUUUGAUUCGAGCGCUGGAUGUUGAUGAUCCCACCAAUCUGCUCGAUGCUUUGCCCAAGACGGAACUUUCCAACAUCACCAAACUCGAAAUUGUCGCCAAAGUAAUGCUACUCUUCCUGCGCUCCUUGGUAGAUGGCGUAAUACCUGCACCUCUUUUCGCCAAAAUCGAGUCCGCCCUUCCCGCAAUCGGAAGCUCAGCUACCUCAACUAGACCCGCGAAGGAGAUCGAGGACGAUAAGAGUACCAUUCUUGACAUCUUAGCUGCGGCCCCUUACCAUAAUAUCUCUUUCGUUUUCGUCACGAGCAUGCUCGCUAAGUUGGCCGCGGAAAUCACACCUUUAAAUCCCAAGGAGCUGGAACUGCUUAAUUCAGAUGCUAAGAGCAAGGGCACGGCAAGGAAAUUGAGCUUCCGUAGGAGCAUUUUAGGUGCAAUCGGCGCAGGCGUAGACCAAGCAGCCAUUCAGAAGAGGCUAGCUUGGGAAAACAUGGUAGCUGAGAUCUUCGGCCCCGCGGUAUGUAGAACCGCCAAUGCAGGCGGCGAUAAAGGCAAGGAUAAGGAAAGGAAAGCAAGCGAAGAGCGGAUGAAAGGGCUCUUGGAGUUGUUCAUGAGGAGGAGAGAUGGAGUAUAG